AUGGCUGAUAACGCACGAAACCCCAAUCUCAACCUAACCCCUGAAGAAAAACGGGCCUUCUACCAACUCUUUCAGGCGGCCGAUACCACCAACCUCGGCGUCAUUACCGGCGAGGUCGCUGUUCCUUUCUUUGAGAAGACCCAUCUAGCCCCGGAAACACUCGGCUUGAUAUGGCAAAUCGCGGACAGGGAAAAUCGAGGUCUCCUGACCCCUUCUGGCUUUGGGGUCGUUCUGCGGUUGAUUGGACACGCCCAAGCGGGUCGCGCACCGACUGAGGAGUUGGCUUAUCAAGCUGGACCGUUGCCUAGAUUCGAUGGUAUUGUAAUUGAUGCUUCCCCUGCUCCGCGUGAAGCAGGCACCACCAGUCCUACACCAGCUGCGGGUGCGCCUAUUCGUGUUCCUCCCCUGAAUCCCGAGGAUGUGAACAAGUUUGUGUCGCUCUUCGAGAAAUCGGAUGUGUCAAAAAGCGGGGUUCUCUCAGGUGAAACUUCCAAGCAGAUCUUUGAACGUGCGAGGUUACCGAACGAGGUUCUCGGUCGAAUCUGGAACUUGGCGGAUACAAGACAACAGGGCGCUCUUGAUGCAACGGAAUUUGUCAUUGCGAUGCAUCUCCUGACUUCCUACAAGUCGGGCGUGAUGCGGGGAAUUCCUCAGACCCUGCCCCCUGGUCUAUAUGAUGCCGCGGCACGCAGAGGUCCCAUCCGCGCGUCUGUAGGCUCGCGACAGGGUCUUGAUGUCCCUCCAGUGCCUGCAAUCCCGAAGCAAUUCACUGGACCCCAGCGCACCCAGAGUCCGAUCAGCAGACAGGCUUUUGGAUCUCCUCUUUCCGCCCAGUCAACUGGCAGCGAUUGGCUUGUGACGCCUCAAGAAAAGGCCAUGUUUGACAACAUAUUUGCAACCGUGGAUACGGCUAAGGCAGGAUCAAUCAGUGGUGACCAGGCCGUCUCGUUCUUUAUGGGUGCGCAGCUGCCUGAGGAGACGCUGGCCCAGAUCUGGGAUCUCGCAGAUAUAGAUGCGGAUGGGCAGUUGACAAAGGAUGAAUUCGCCGUUGCCAUGUACCUGGUUCGCCUAACGCGCAGCGGGAAGGAAGCGAUGCCCCAAACACUGCCCCCUGCUUUGAUUCCCCCGAGCAUGCGCCGCCCUGGAUCUGCACACUUCGGCCCAGCAGCUCCUGCUCCCGCCCAAGUGGCACCGCCUGCCCCAAUCCCCGCGCCACCCUCUGCUGCAGAUGAUUUAUUUGGUCUUGAUGCGCUUUCCGCACCAGUAUCCGGUGUACCGGCAGCUCCUUCCCAGUUUCCACAAUCUACGGGGGGCUCGAACGCUGCUUUCCAGAUGCCUAGUUCCCCGGGGUCCAGAGCGUCUCCUCAAACUGCAUCAACAACCUUUAAACCCUUUGUGCCGACCUCCUCUUUUGGUCAGAGCUUGCACCCUCAGGUAACGGGCGCUUCAGCUGGUGUCCCGCCAGCAGUUCGCUCUCCCCCACCGCCAGCGGAUGACCUUCUCGGAGACAACGAUCCCGAAGAAUCGAAAAAGUUGACCCAGGAGACCACUGAGCUCGCCAACCUGUCCAAUCAGAUCGGUUCGCUGGCCACUGAGAUGCAGAACGUUCAGACCAAACGAACCUCUGCCGAGCAUGAUUUGUCCCAAACCUCACAGCAGAAGCGGGACUUUGAGACUCGUCUUGCCCAAGCUCGGGCGAUGUAUGAGCAAGAAGUCAAGAAUUUCAAGGCUCUUGAAGAACGACGCAAUGCUUCGAGAGCUGAGACCAACAGGUUGCAGCAGGAAUUUGCGUUGCUCGAUGGAAGCAGGCAAGAUUUGCAAAACCAGUAUAAUCAGGUUUCAGCUGCGCUCAGUGCUGAUCAGCAGGAGAACUUGAGCUUGAAGGAAAAGAUCCGCCAAGCAAAUGCCGCCGUUGCCCAGCUCAAGCCAGCCCUGGAGAAGGCACGCUCAGAUGCACGGCAACAGAAAGGCAUGGUUGCUAUCAACAAGAAACAACUUGCAACUGUGGAGGGGGAGCAUGAAAAGAUCCAAGAGGAGAUUAAAGCUCUCUCGGAGGAGCACCCAAGAGAGCUUGAAGAAAGUGUACCUGUCCCGGGUGACUUCGCCGCUGUUACAAGCCCAGCUGAAUCAACAACAAGUCAAAACACCAAUCCGUUCUUCAAACGCACGGCUACCGGCUCUAGUGACAACAAUGCGUUGUCACCCCAGAUCUCAAACGACCAGCAGCGCGCCUUUGAUAGCCUGUUUGGUCCUUCAUUUGCGUCGCCAGUGGCCGCUACGCCCCCGCCAGCAGUGUCUUUCCGGGCGGAAUCCCUGCCAACUUCUGGAGUGCCUACACCUUCUGUGUCUCCUCCACCAGCUUCCGGGUUUGCACUAGAGCCCCCGGCUCCGGCUCAGUCCAGACAAUUGACACCAAGCGUACUGCCUUUGGGCGAGUCCCAUUCGGCAACUUCUUCGACCAUGGUCUCGCCACCGGGCAGUAGAUUCGGUGGUCAGGACACAGCUAGUCUUGGAACCACUUCCCAAACAGCGGGUAGCGAAUGGGUAGACCCUUCAUCUGGGGAGCUCGCACAGCCUGCAACAUCCCCCUUCGACGAGAUCGAAGAAUCCAACCAACGGUUUCCUGAAGUCCCUGUCAUUGCUGGCCAAGCCACAGGAGAUGCUGCAUCGCCUUCCGGUGAUGACAAGCUUGCAGAAAGCAAGGAUCUCAGCUUUGAUGAGCUGUUCGGUGGCCCUGCGCACAAGCGGUCCCAGUCACAGAAAGAAAAUGACUUCGAAGAGGCCUUUGCUGCUAUGAAGAAUGGACCUGGAGCCACUAAGUCUAACGGACCAUCGCCCCCUGCUGAGUCAGAGUUCCCACCAAUUCGCGAACUCGAUGAUGACGACGAUGACGAUGACAGCACCGAUAAUGAAGCCACGAUGGGUUUUGAUGAUAACUUCACCCCCGCAUUUCCACCUCAGAGCCAAGUAGCAGCGGCGCCAAAGCCUGACUCCCUUGAGCCCUCCCAAUUGGCAGCAUUUCCAACUCCUACUUCAAGCGAGCCUCCAGCCGCGGAGUCGCAAUUGAGCCCCCCAAACUAUGAGGAAACCGUUGGAAAGCAGGAGCCAGGAAGCAUGCCGCCUGAGUUCAAUGGGCUGUUGCCGAGCCGCGAAGACCCGACAGCUGCUCCAGAUGCCCCUCAUUCGGUGGAUUCCAGCACAGGAGAGCCGAUAGUAGGUGGAGAGGUACAGCACAAUGACUCAACUACUCCCAGUGGUGGAAAAACCAGUGGCCCUGAUUUCGAAGCCGCUUUCGCAGGCCUCAACCUAGCGCCAGCGAACGAGGCUGAUGAUGAUGAGGAGGAGGAGGACGACUUUGAAACCGCUGUCAAUUCGAAAAACAACGUGGACUUUGAUUUCUCUUUCGACAACCCGUCGGCACAAAAGAUCUCAAACAACGCGGAUGGCAAUGCUGCCUCGGAAUUUUUCAACUUCGACAAGAACGUGAGCUCUUCACCUCCUGGCUCUGCCACACUACCCUCAGAUUCCAAUGCCAAAUCACAGACCCAUGACUGGGAGGCAUUGUUUGCGCCUCUUGACAAUGCGGGUGCUGCAGCCAGUGGAACCAAUGGGGUGAGCAACCCUGCUGAACUUGCACCCUCUGCAGGAAACAGCAAAGCACCCGGAUGGGCUCUUCAGACAGGCACCGAAGACGACCAGAUCCUUCAACGGCUAACUGGCAUGGGCUUCCCCAGAGAUGAAUCCCUUGAUGCCCUUGAGAAGUUCGACUACAACCUCGACAAGGUAUGA